AAUUUUAGGUUUUAUUUUAAAUCCGACAAUUUUGCGCUUUUGAAUUGUUGUGGUUCCGAGCUGUCGACCUUCUCGAAAGCUUUAUCUUCCUUGUGUUCGUGAAUUCUUUGGGUUGUCUUAGGGCUCUUUGUUGUUAAUCAUUCCGGUGUUCGCCGUAUUCUCUGAAUUUAGCUUCUUUCUUUUUGCUUCAACGUGUUUUCGAAUUGAAUUGUCUCUGUAAUGUAACGCUGCAACAAUGCCGGAAUCGAAUCGCCAAGCUUCGAUGUUCAAUUCAGGAGCAAUGACCAAUAAUAUUGAGAGUCAAAUUGAGGAUGAAGACGAAGAUGUUGCGGGCGGCGAGGAGUCCAUCGACAACCCUCAGAUCCGAUUUGAAGAUGGCGCCGUAGCUGUGACGUUUAACGGUGGCGUCCAGGAGGUCACUCCCAAUACUAUCUACGUUCCCAGCUCUGAUUAUCCUCCGGUGGCCGGUAACGGAGGCGCUGACCAGCUCACGCUUUCGUUCCAGGGUGAGGUUUACGUGUUCGAUGCGGUCUCUCCGGAUAAGGUGCAGGCAGUGUUGUUACUUUUGGGUGGAUAUGAAAUCCCUUCUGGCAUCCCUGCUAUGGGAACAGUCCCUCUUAAUCAAAGGGGCAUGAACGACUUUCCUGGGAGGUCAAUUCAACCACAGAGAGCUGCUUCUUUAAGUCGAUUCCGGGAGAAGAGAAAAGAGCGAUGCUUUGAUAAGAAAAUCCGUUACAGUGUGCGGAAAGAAGUUGCACUCAGGAUGCAGCGUAAGAAGGGUCAGUUUACAUCAUCCAAGGCCAUAUCUGAUGAAGCAGGAUCAGAUUCUUCAGUUUAUGGUGCAACACAGGGUCCUGGACAAGAUGAUAGCAUGCAGGAGACUUCAUGUACACAUUGUGGAAUCAGUUCAAAGUCCACUCCAAUGAUGCGUAGAGGGCCAACUGGUCCAAGGACUUUGUGUAAUGCAUGCGGGCUCAAGUGGGCCAACAAGGGAGUUUUACGAGAUCUUUCCAAGGUUUCAACUAUGGGUAUCCAGGAUCCUUCUUUGAAGGCAACUGAACAGGGUGAUGGUGACGCUAGUGAGUCAGAUGCUGUAACUCCGGUUGCAGAGAUUGUCUCCACUGCUAAUGGCGAUAACUCAGCUGUAACUGCAGAAAGAUGAGUGACUACUUGCUAAUCUUGCAGUGCCACUCCAGUUAUUAUAGCAGGGGAAAAAAAGUUUGACCGAUCUAGAUUCAACUGUAGUAAGUUUCAACUUGCUUUGACCGACUGCACAUAUAACGCGGUGUAUUUAGCUUUCUCGAAGAAGUACUUCUUAUAUGUGUCUUGAGUGUAGUAAUGUCCGGGCCAUAAUGAAACCCACCUCUAUUUUUCUUUUCUUUUUCGUUUCACGUGUAUUAGUAUAUCCUCUUUGAAAAAAAUAACACUAUUUUUGUGCGUUUCUUCAUUUUUGCAGCAAUAAUAUUGGCAUUAUUUAUUUCUUCUUCAAA